ACCAACUGAUAAGAAUCACCGUUUGAACUUCGUUAUAUUUACCCGCCCAUGACGAGAGGUCUCCCUGUGAAUCAACUGAGAUGGCUCAUGUAAUUGGUCCAGCUAUACGGAGAAAUGAAGUGCCAACAUUUUAAACGACAGGAUGAAAACGCCUUGUAUUUUCCCAUUAUGAAAAUGCUAUGAAACGGUAGAAGAAUAUUGAAUCCUAAAAUCUGCACAAACGAAAAAGUACGUAGUGAUACACACCAAGGCUUUUAAUGCGAAAAUCGUGAUGUGAAUUCAAGCCGUUAUCCCAUUGCACCUUUCAAUCCGUAGAAACCAGAUUAUCGUUUCCAGUAUAAACAUUGCACUAAAGCGAUGAGACCGCCCAUAGAGAUGAAGGGGCAGGUCUGUGACUCAAAUCAUUGCACCCUAUGUAAGUAAUGACCAAACUAUUAUACUUAAGGAAUAGUAUAUUCUUUAUCAGUAAUAGACGUAGCCAGCUAUCUGGCGGAAAUCCAAGCCUUCACUAGUAGUGUCAACCGUAGCUUAAUCAGCAAGACAAGCCUUGUGAACUUUGAAACACAACACUCGUGUAAAUGUGUAACUGUUAAUGCAUUCGACUGAUUGUCGUGGCUUAUAUGUAUUUUCAUUAGGUAAUUUCAAUUAAGCAAGGUCUUUGUUUUGCUAAACAAUGGGGCAGUAUUUUCCAGUACUUUUCUUUAUGCAGUAACAUUUUUUCUUGUUAUUAUUAUUAUUUUUUUCCGUUGUCAUCAGCGUAAAACAAAAGGGUGGGGCGUCGCUAUCAACGUUUUAUCUGCUGUCUCCUUGGCUUCGACAGUCACCCGAUUCAGAUUCUUCAGAACUGUUUACAAUGCAGUCAAAGUAAACGACGCGUGCUAUGUCUAAUUUUUUUUUCAAUGGAAAUUUGAAUCUCAUGGAAAAACGAAUGUUUCGCGGAAUCUACCAGAUUUUAUUGACACCGUGGCGAUUCUGUGUUUUUCACGUGUUAAACUCUUGUGUUAUUAUACAACAACAAAGUUUUAUUUUGCCAUGGAGGCAAUAUUCUUUUUUACUUCACUUUUUCUUAGAUAUGUGAGCAUAUCGACGUUAUGCAAGGAAUCUAGUUGAUCUGCAUACCGGUUUUCCUGUUGACUGCAAGAUGUUAGUUAAGCCGAAAGAUAUUCCCAUCUUUUGCUGAACAACCUGUGAAAGAGACUUGUGGUCUUUUAUACUGCACAAUACAUGACUCUGAUUUAGUCGGAAGGACAAAACUGAAGAAAAUCUUGUCGCCAAAGUUCAAAGCCGUUAAUCCAUCGAAUUUCGAGAGCUUCAAACAUUGAAUGACCGCUAAUGACGCCCCUCAUGGCCAAAUGUAACAAAAAACUAGUUAAAAGGCCGAAUUACGUUAAUCGAAAAUCAAAAAUUAAAAUACACAAACAAUGUGUUUCAAUUUGGCAAGACUGGGCAAAACAAAAAUGGCAUGUCAGCCUUUCCCGCCAGUUCAAUGUUUGUCGACAACGUAAAAAGUACAGUAUUUGUCGGACAGCAAACUUGUACUCAGGUAGCUAGUAAUCAUACAUAGAUCUCUUCGACCUCGGAUGACCUAGUAAAUAACUGAUCAAUGAACAGGGGAAAAGCGAUUUCUCAUAUUUUCUCCAUGGAUAUUGCAGAAUCACUGGUGACACUAUUGGAAUAGAAGGCCACGUUGACACGUGAAAAUGAAACCCAUGGCAGCACAGUCAUCUCCUACAACAGAAAUAAAAGAUGAGAUAAAUGGGGGUGGAUACAAACAAGGCUCAAUUCGACAUUUCAAAAAUUCUUUUUACGAGGAUAAUAUACCAAAGGAAGAUUCUUUAUCUCUCUCUGCUGACAUCAGGGAUUUGUCGUUUGCCGCAUUUUCACUCGAAUCCAAUGUCCCGUAUCAAAAGUCGAUUCAUUCCGAUUACAGUUUACGUUCUUAUUCUGCUACGGUCUCUACAAGCGCGAAAAUUGGCAGUAGUCAGAAAAAACGUUCUUAUUUUGACUUCAUGAAUAUUAAUUCUAAUGAAAGUAGUGGCAAUCUUUCAAAAAUAAGUGAACCCAAUCUAAAUGAACUAGAAGAGAUCGUGGAUACAUUCGGGGAGUAUGAUGAAAUAGAUGGCUUCGUGUUUCGCUCCUUUACGACGAUGGAUCACCUGGAAAAGUUUGUGUCUAGAAGUGCAUCCCAUCAAGUGACGUUUCGCACAAGUUCCCAUUCUCCUCAUCAAGAGAAAGGCAUGUCAUAUUGUCGAACGUCUGGACCGUCAUCUCCAGAUUUUCUCAGAGAAGAUACUGGCAAAAUUGAUGCUUCAUUUCGCUCUCUUUCAGUGGAACCUUACUGCGAAGACUAUGAGGUACCUCGUCCAGAUAUUUGGAAUAAGCGACGAUUGGUAGACGGAUGUGAUAAACGUUUUUGCAAUAUGGGUUGCAUUUGCGAUAGCUUGAAUUCAGUUAAACCUCCAUUAGCGCAUUGCAACCACUCUGAAUGUAUGUGCCAUGAUGUAUGUGUUUACAAAUCCAGCCUUAGACGCUACGUAUCAUCUUCAUCGACCGAGUGCGAUACGUGUCGAGAAUCUUCUGAUUUCGAUUUAUUACUCAUUGAGCAGUUUCUGCCAAAACAAUGGCCCCUCUUGAAAAAGGAACUUGCUUUACAAAAGGAGAUUAUCUAUCAGCUACAGCAUCAGCUAAAUAGCAAACAACUUGAAGUGAAUAAGCUGAGAAACCAGCUUGUGAAAAACGUUAUCGUAAAAAAUCCCGCCAGCCCACACCCGUUGGUAGCGACAAAAAAUGUAGCAUAUCCCUCGGUGAAAAAGGCUAGGACAAAAUUGGAGGCAAUGGUGGAAACUAAAGAAGAGGCAAACGCGGCGACACGCGUACAUUUGGACGGGUAUUACGUGGACUCGCUUCCGUUUGAUGAUGUGGUUCUUGACAGACUUUCUGAAAGCAUAUCCGUCACAGCAUUUAUCCGACACCUAAUGCGGGACAUGUUCACCGAAGAUUUUCUGUCAUCAAGAAGUUCUAGGUGGAUGAAAGAGGAACAUAAGACCGCCAUAAUAGAUGCCACAAUGAGGAGAUUCCACAUUUAUUAUCGGAGAGACGGCGAUUCUAUUCCACUGACUGUUGAAAUGGUCAAGCAGGUAAUAACAUCCGAAUUCAACAUCAAUCAAUCCAGGGAAAGGAUGAAAAGUAAAAAGCGAUCGUAGGAAUUUUGUUACCUUUUGUUCAAAAGUUACAGUUUUACCAUGGGAUGUGCGGUCAUGUCAUUGUCAUUGAGGCCUCAUGCUCUCCGUUAUUUUGUUUAGAGAUUCUUGGUUUGAAAAAUUGGCCAAUGCUAUUGUCUUUCUGUCUUUUCGGUUUCGUCGUUUGAAGAUUCUGUUGAAAGCAGUGCCGCCCGGUAACAUUACUAGAAAUAAUUUUGUUUUUGGUCAAUAACUGUUAGCAUAUCCAUAGUCAUAGAUUACUAUAAUCUAUGACUCUGGCAUAUCACUAGCUUCCAAUCCUUUAGUCCCAGCUAAAAGGUAUAUCUGUAUCUCCCAGAGAAACUUGAAACAUUUAACUUGAUUUUAACUUGUGUGAUUAUUGUAACCAUUGUCCAUUUAAUUGGAAAAUUUUUAUCGUAUUUUCCAUUAAAAGUUUCUUCUAAUUCAAGAAAUUAUGCAGGCAACCAGCCAAACGUGAAUCGCCAAUCAAACCAAUCCUAGGGAAACAUGUUUUGGAACAAUGGGUAUUUUCAAAUCUUAUGGGCUCUUUAGGUGGAAAAUCCAAAUUUCUAGCUAAAAGUUAGGAAUAAUAGUAGUAUACAAAUAUACUGCCGUUCAGCAGUAACAGAUAUUUUUCGAUAAGGUCCGUUUGGUGUAGUGGUAAAAUGUACUCGGAGGGACGGGAGGGUAUUAUCUAUUAUGUGUUCGACAGCUAAAUAGUUAUGUUUUCGAUUAACACAUUGUAUGCAAUUUAUUUUGUGGUCUUUUGGAUAGAGUAUUCUUUUUUAUUUUAUUUUAUACAAUUUUUCUUCCACAA